GGGAGGGAGGGACUUUGGGUUGAUGGGGGGGGUGAUACAGGGAGGCAGAAGUUUAACCACUGAACCGAUCACACUGGAUGGAUUUAUUUCUGGACUCAGUUUCCCAGGAACUCCACUGUUCCACCCUGGGGGAAAUGGCUCAGCUGAAGUCCCUCUAGCUCCAGCUUCGUGAAUAAAGACCUGUGGCAUUGGAGUUAAUCACAGCAGCUCUGUCACUACUGACUCAUCCAUCUGCUCCAAGACAAUGUUUGCCGUCCACUUGCUGGCUUUCCAUUUCACAAAGCUAAAAGAGGAUCAAAUAAAAAAGGUUGACAGGUACCUGUAUCCCCUGCGGCUCUCCGACGAUGUCCUGCUGGAUGUGAUGGCUCGUUUCCAGGCUGAGAUGGUGAAGGGGCUGGGCCGGGACACGAACUCCACGGCGACAGUGAAAAUGCUGCCGUCGUUCGUGCGCUCGCUCCCCGACGGCUCCGAGAAGGGGGACUUCCUUGCCGUCGACCUGGGUGGCUCCCAGUUCCGUGCCCACCAGGUGAAGGUGUUUGAUGAUGGGAGGCAGAGCAGCCAGCUGGAGAGCAAGUUCUACCCCACACCCAAGGAGGUCACCCAGGGGAACGGCGCCGAGCUCUUUGAUUACGUUGCUGACUGUCUGUUAGACUUUAUGGAGACCAAAAACCUGAAGCAUAAGAAGCUACCUCUUGGCUUUACGUUUUCUUUUCCAUGCAAACAGACCAAAUUGGAAGAGGGGGUUCUUCUUGCCUGGACGAAGCACUUCAAGGUCCGAGGGGUUCAGGACACAGACGUUGUCACCUCCCUGCGCAGGGCCCUGCAGAAGCAUAAGGACAUAGAUGUUGAUGUUUUGGCACUGGUCAAUGACACUGUGGGAACCAUGAUGACCUGUGGAUAUGAUGACCAGCACUGUGAAGUUGGAGUCAUAAUUGGCACCGGCACCAACGCCUGUUACAUGGAGGAGAUGCGGCACAUCGACCUGGUGGAAGGGGACGAGGGCAGGAUGUGCAUUAACACGGAGUGGGGGGCCUUUGGAGAUGACGGUGCUCUGGACGAUCUCCGCACGGAGUUCGAUCGGGAGCUCGAUCUGGGAUCUCUCAAUCCUGGGAAACAACUGUUUGAGAAGAUGAUCAGCAGCCUGUAUUUGGGAGAACUUGUAAGACUCAUUCUCCUAAAAAUGACAAAGGAAGGUCUACUCUUCAAUGGGAAAGUAUCAACAGCUCUGCUUACCAAGGGCAAGAUUGAAAUGAAACAUGUGUCUGCAAUGGAAAAGUACAAGGAAGGUCUGAGCAACACAAAGGAGAUCCUGACGGAGCUGAGCCUGUUUCCCUCUGAGGAGGACUGUAUUGCUGUUCAGCACGUGUGCACCAUCGUGUCCUUCCGCUCGGCCAACCUGUGUGCUGCUGCCCUGGCCGCCAUCCUGAGCCGCAUGAGGGAGAACAAAAAGCUGCUACGGAUGCGAACCACGGUCGGGAUUGAUGGGGGACUCUACAAAACCCACCCCCAAUACGCCAAGCGCCUGCACAAGGUGGUGAGGAGGCUGGUCCCGACCUGUGACGUGCGGUUCCUGCUGUCCACGAGCGGCAGCGGGAAGGGGGCUGCCAUGGUCACGGCCGUGGCACGCAGACUGGCUGCCCAGCGCAGCCACAUCGAUGCCACCCUUGCCCCCUUCCUGCUGUCCCUGGGGACCCUCAGAGAAGUCAGGAACAAAAUGAGGACUGAGCUGGAAUACGGGCUGAAGCGAGAGACACAAGCCAAUGCCACCGUGAAGAUGCUGCCCACAUACGUCUGUGGGACACCGGAUGGGACAGAGAAAGGAAAGUUCCUUGCCCUUGAUCUUGGUGGCACAAAUUUCAGGGUUCUGCUGGUCAAAAUCAAAAGCGGGAGAAGAAGAUCAGUGCAAAUGUACAACAAAAUCUUUGCCAUUCCUUUGGAGAUCAUGCAAGGGACAGGGGAAGAGCUCUUUGACCAUAUUGUCCAGUGCAUAGCAGACUUUCUGGAGUACAUGGGGAUUAAAGGUGCUCGGCUGCCCCUGGGCUUCACCUUCUCCUUCCCGUGCAGGCAAGCCAGCAUUGACAAGGGAACACUUGUGGGAUGGACAAAGGGAUUCAAGGCAACAGACUGUGAGGGGGAAGAUGUUGUUGAUAUGCUGAGAGAGGCCAUCAGGAGAAGAAAUGAGUUUGACUUGGACAUUGUAGCAGUGGUGAAUGACACCGUUGGGACCAUGAUGACGUGUGGAUAUGAGGAUCCAAACUGUGAGAUUGGCCUUAUUGCAGGAACGGGCAGCAAUGUGUGCUACAUGGAGGACAUGAAAAACAUAGAAAUAGUGGAAGGGAACGAAGGAAAAAUGUGCAUUAAUACAGAAUGGGGAGCGUUUGGUGACAACGGCUGCAUUGACAACAUCAGGACAAAAUAUGAUAAAGAAGUAGAUGAAGGCUCACUAAACCCAGGGAAACAGAGGUAUGAAAAAAUGACCAGUGGAAUGUACCUAGGUGAAAUAGUAAGGCAAAUUUUGAUUGACUUAACCAAACAAGGGCUGCUGUUCAGAGGACACAUUUCGGAGUCGCUCAUGAAAAGAGGCAUAUUUGAAACAAAGUUCCUGUCUCAGAUCGAGAGUGACCGGCUCGCCCUCCUCCAGGUGCGGCGAAUCCUGCAGCAGCUGGGCCUGGACAGCACGUGUGAGGACAGCAUCAUCGUGAAGGAGGUGUGUGGAGUUGUGUCACAAAGAGCUGCCCGGCUCUGUGGGGCAGGGCUGGCUGCCAUUGUGGAGAAGAAGAGGGAGAACCGAGGUGUGGAGCGCUUGCAAAUCACCGUUGGAGUAGACGGGACUUUGUACAAGCUCCAUCCACAUUUUUCCAGGGUCCUGCAGGAAACAGUGAAGGAACUGGCACCUCAGUGUGAUGUGACCUUCAUGCUCUCUGAAGAUGGCAGUGGGAAGGGAGCUGCCCUCAUCACUGCAGUGGCAAAACGGUUGCAUAAUGUUGGGCAGAAGUAGAAAUGAGGGGCCGAGUCAUUCCAGGGCUGUCAGGCGUGUGCAUAGGGAUCUGCUGAGUGGUGAUUCCAGAUAGCUGUGCCAGGCACCAGCACACAGGUACCCGUUUUCAGGGAGCAGCUGCUUUUGACCGACCAGGACUGUGGAUUUUUGUCCUUUGCUAGCUUGGAUCAGGUGUUUCUGCUCCCCACUGGCAUUAUUCUUGGCACACCACAGUCUCCUGGGUUCUGUGCUUCCUGCAGUGCAUCUGUAAUGCACAUGGGAGAAAACAAACAAACGCAAUCCACCCCAAAUGUGUCUUUUUACAAUGUCUUAGUUAAGCUACUGCACCACAACCGGGUUUAUCACCAAUUUCUUAGGAUUUGUGUGCUUUAGUUUUGGCUUGGCCUGGCUCAAGGAAUGUUGAGAUCCUGAUGUUGCAUCUAUCUAGUGGACAUAUUUGUUCAACGCUUCACAGGUUUUUACAAUAAAAUUGAAGGUAAAAUAAAUCAAUGGACUUUGGUCAGUGAUGCUCCCCCUGCCACUACUCUGGUUGCAAGUGUGUUGGAAUGUAAUACUUCCUGAGUACAGAGGCAUGUUUAAUAGAUGAAUGUAAAGAUAAAAAUAUGAUUCCACAGAAUAUCAGUUUGUGUCAAAAUAUGUUAGUGCAUUUGAGUGCACAUAAAGCUAAACCAGCGCUGGGUGGAUUCUGACUGUGACUGACUCCUUUGAUACCGGAGGAAAGAGAGAAUGUAGAAACAAGCAGCUACAGAGUCUGCUAUGUCUAUGUCAGGGUACAUAGAGAGUAUCAAACAGGCCACCAAAAUAGCUGUGUAGAGAGAAA